AGGGCCCUCGGGGAAGUCCAGGGCAUGGCCCAGAGCGUGCUCUACGCCGACCUGAAGUUUGCUGCAGCCCGCCAGCUCACUCCCACCCCGGCCUGCCCCGCAGCACCUGAUGAGGAUGACAGCCCCUAUGAGAACGUGCCGCUGGGGACGGUGCCUGCAGCUGCUGGCCCAGGGCGCUGGCCCCGGCGCUGGCGCAUCACCACGGGGCUGCUGGCAGCCAGCCUGCUGCUGCUGCUGCUGCUGACGACCAUCACCCUAGGCGCUUGCUACUGGCAGGUGAGCCGCAGGCUGCAGGACGCUGCCCUCCAGCACGCCACCGAGCAGGGCCGGCUGUGGCAGAAGGUGAGCGAGCAGGAGCAGGGCCUGGAGCAGACGCGUCUGGAGCUGGCGUGGGCCCGCGCGGAGCUGCAGCGAGCGUGGCGGGACGGCAACAGCAGCCAGCUGGAGCUGGGCAGCCUCAGCGCCGAGCUGGGACGCGUCAGGGGCAUUCUGGGCCAGACUGAGAGGGAGAUGCAGGAGGUGCAGGGGAAGCUCAACAGCAGCGAGAGCACCGUGGCCAUCCUGCGUGCCUGCGUGAAUACAGAGUGCUGCCCCCAGGGCUGGGUGCUCUACAGGAGGAGGUGCCUCUUCAUUUCUGUGGAGACAAAGAAAUGGUUGGACAGCUAUCAAGACUGCAGUAGGAAAUCUGCUCAGCUGCUGUCCCACGAGGACUGGCCGCAUUUUGUCCAGCAAUCUCGUGACAAUUAUUGGAUCAGAAGCAAAUACCAAAAUUUUCCUGAUAGUUGGAGGUAUGACAGUAGUUGUGAAGGAACGCACCACGGGAAGACAGCCUCUUUCUACUGCUUUAAUAAAUUACUAUGGAUCUGUGAGAAGCCUGCAGAUCUGAGCUCACCAUCUAAGACCCUCACCUGGCCAAGGGGAAACCUUUGA